UUUAGUUGGGUGUUCAGAAGUUGCCGAGACGUUGCGCCGCGCUCUUCGGGCAGUCCGUUUUCACUUUACACGCCCGAGAUUAUCGGUGCACAAGGCCUGUUUACAUUGUUCCGUGUCCGUCGUGAGUCAUUGUUUUGUUGACAUUCAGGCGAACCGCGUGCAAUCGGACGGAGAGUUUGAAGUACAACGUGAUUGAACGUAUAUAAUAUAUUAUACGUAUACAUGUGAAUACACGUAUUGAGAAAAAUAAAUAAAUAAAUAAAAUAAAGAAACCAGUCAACGCGAACGGAGGUGAAACUUUUAAUCGUGGUCAGUUUCGUUUUCGUUUUCUUUUUUUUUUUUUCUCCCCACUUUAAAAUUCCCUUCAGUGAGGAAAAAGCGACACAGUCGUGUAAUAACGUUGCGAAACGCGUGUGCGCGCGGCGCGGAGGAAAAUAAAUAAUAAACUCGUACGUGCACGUAUGUAAUCUGCUGUAAUAGAUACGCUGUCGCGAUGUACGUGUGACUGUUGUUUUUUUUUUGUCUGUUUUUAACAUUCGUAUGGUUCGACGAACAUCGCGAUUGAAGAGAGCAAAUCAACGGACUACCAAAUGAUUUCCGCUCGAUGUUGCUGACUCGUGGUGAGGAGAAAAAGAAGAAUAAGAAGAAGAACAACAACAACAACAUAAAAAAUAGUGCUACGAAAUUUAACCGAUAAUAAUCGGUGCCCGGACAUUACCGACCGAGAGAGUUGUUGUUCCGUUGGUUGUGGAACUAAAUAGAAAGAAGUUAAAAAAAACAAAAGACAAAGAUCUUGCAAAGAUCGCAACGUAUUGUCCGAGAAGUCGAAUAAUAAGGGCAUUCAAAUGGUGCGUAACUCGGUGCAGAUGGAGCAAACGUUUUACGAGGAGAGUGCGAUAUACGCGGCGGCUAAUCGCGCGGACAGCGGAAUGGGCCAGCUUAAACGGAGCCUGACUUUAGACCUGAACGGUCAGCGCGCGACGCAGGCGAAAAGGCCCAGACUCGGGCCCCUGCCACCUGCGCUGAACAACGCGGCGCCGGUGCUGAGCUCGCCGGACCUAAACAUGCUGAAGCUGGGCUCGCCGGAGCUGGAGAAGCUGAUAAUAGCGCAACAGAACGGGCUCGUGACGACGAUGCCGACGCCGACGACGCAGAUACUGUUCCCGAAGACGGUUACGGAGGAACAGGAGCUCUACGCGAGGGGAUUCGUCGACGCCCUGAACGAGCUCCACCACUCGGACAGCUCCCAGGAACCCGGCAGCAUCCACGGGGCGACUUACACGAACCUCGAGCCGCCGGGUAGCGUCCAGAGCACGGAGUCGCUGAGCCAGAGUCUGAUGAUGAUCAAGGACGAGCCGCAGACGGUGCCGUCGGUGUCGAGCUCGCCGCCGAUGUCUCCGAUCGACAUGGAGAGCCAGGAGCGAAUAAAGCUCGAGCGAAAGCGGCAACGGAACCGCGUGGCCGCCUCCAAGUGCCGAAGGCGCAAGCUCGAGCGGAUAUCGAGGCUCGAGGACAAGGUGAAGAUACUCAAGGGCGAGAACAGCGAGCUGAGCGCAGUCGUAAACCGGCUCAAGGAGCACGUAUGCCGCCUCAAGGAGCAGGUCAUGGACCACGUGCACUCGGGCUGCCACAUAAUGCCCGUAAGCCAGUUCUGAACGCUCGAAUUGCGAACGAGAGGAUCUGACAAUAUCCUCGCCAUAGCGCAUGCAUUUUCGUCGCCUGCGUGCGAGACGCCGGCAACCUCGGGUGAUCGCUGUAGGCGGCCAUCUUGGAGAACGAGACGACACGAAACUUGUUAGUUAAAACACACACGUAUCGGUCGCGCAAGCGCGUCGCCAGGUCGGAGUGAACGCCGGCCGCCGGCGUCGCGGAGUCGCGGAGUCUCCAUUUUUCAUCACCGGCUGAUUUUCACGAUCUACACGCGUCAUCAUCGACGAUCUUUCUCAUUUCGAGGAAUACAUACCUGCCUGCGAUGCCUGACUUCUUUCUCGUCCUCGACCUGCGCUGUUACUACAUCUAUUGCGCGUCGUGCGCCUUGAGUAGUUUGCGACGCUCCACGCCCCUCAAAAAAGAAAAAAAAAAAUAAUAAUUGUAAAAAACCCCCCAAGAACCUCGAUGAACUUUUUCCCUGUAAAUACACUUAAGCCAGAGACUAUGAGAUUAAGUUUUCCAUAUACAUGUAUAUAUACAUAUGCAUCUGUAUAUUGGAUAUAUAUAUAUAUAUAUAUUUUUGUCAUUUGUGCAUCUAGUCCUGUCCAGUAUGCCCUCGUAACUUAUACAUACAUAUACCUACAUUACAUAUGAACACUGACAACACGUUUCGUUGAGAUAUAUUAUUAUAUUAUAUAUUCGGACCAAUAUGCUUUUGGUCGAUUAUUGCGCAUGGUAUUUGAAGAAAACAAAUUUUUAAUUUUUUUUUCAUUCAUAUCUGUUUCUCUUUCCUAAGCUCUUGAUCUUGUUUCGUUUGCUUAAAAUUGUCGUGUAUUUUGCACGGGUGAAAUAGCAGAUACGACGCGAGACUUCUCUCUGAGUGUAAGCAGCGCGGUACAAGUGAAUUAUACUCGUGAGCUGGUUUCUUGGAAACGCUAAAGCUGUUUUUCGAACUUUUCAGUUAGUUGGAAAACUUUGCCAAAGUUGUGCAAACAACGAAUGUUUGGCGAAUAUUUAACCAACCAACGGAUUCGAACGAUGGGUAAAAACUCAGUCCGUACUAGGCGUGGAAUUUCCGAUUUCAUGCCAGGACGAUUGAGAUUAUUAUACACCGAGAACUGUGCAAAGGUUCAAUCGCCAUUCCAGCUUGCCAUAUUCAGUCGUACCUACGUUUAUGCACAUGCAUAUGUAUUGAUUGUUAUAUUCGUUUUUCUAUUGAAUUACCAAUGUGGAAGUUGAGAUAUUCAUCGAAGAAUAUGAACGUAGCAGAGAGGAAAAAACAGACAAAACAAUACCGAACAUUCUAAGGUAAACAAAUCUCUGCUGUGAAUUCCCCCUCCGGGUAACAUGGUACGAAUUUUUUUGCACGCGUUAAUUCGAAAUAAAUAUUAUACAUACUGAAAAGUGGUGGAAGGAGGAAUAAGAAAGAUUGAAAAAAUCAUUAUACAUAGUGUAAAUAAUGAUAUUAUUAUAUCUGUGUAUAUGUAUAAUUAAUUAUUAUAUUGUUAUUGCCUGUUUUUUUUUUUUAUUCCUUAUUUUUUUUCCUCUUACACAAACUUGACUUAUUCUCAACGAUGUACGAUGAUAGUUGACAAUCUAGGUGUAUAAUUCUCUUUGAAUAGUUUAACUACGCGGUCGCGUUUUCAGAACACACGACAUUGUAACUCAAAACAUUGCCGACAUUCAUUAGCUAUCGCGAAACGUCGCUGCGGAUAGCCUGAGGCGUGUUUUUUCAGAUGCAAAAAUAUCGCAGGAACAUGUUUAUACAAUCUAAACACGUCGCGCUUCGUUUCGCCGUCUUAUCGUUAGAUACAAAAGCAAGGAAACUCGAAUAUAUUUUCUAUAACAAAAACUUGAAGAUGAAGAAAAAAAAACCAACAAUAAUUAUUUUUUCUUUUUUUCCUCUCUAUUGAAGUUUACGGGACAUAACUUGACGGUUAUAUAAUUAUCAUGUUAUAGGUAUAUUUAUUUGUACUGUAUUGUAAGUGUACAAUUUUUGUUACAAAAGUCUUAGGUAUUUAUUAUUUGACUUUGAGAUUAAAAGAUUGACAAAAUAUUAUUAUUCACUGUUUCUUUUGUUUCUUUUUUAAUAAACGAUCUUUAGUCAAGAUGUGUCCCUUGGUACUAUUUUGACUUUAAACAUUAUCUAAUAUAUAUAUAUUAUAUAUAGUAUAUUACGUAGAUACCAUUAUCGUUUAAGCUUCUCGUUGGAAGAGAAUUAGGGAAAAUUUUUAUUCUAAAGUAGUCAAAUAUUAAAACAAGAAAACAAAACAAAAAAAAAAAAAAAACAAUCCUUUUUUACACUUGUAAUACGUUUUUCUAUAAAACAUGUUAUGUUGCAUGGCUAUAUUAUUAUA